ACAGAUAUCCUGUGGUAAAAAAAACACACAAAACAGAUAUCCUAUUAUCAGGCGUGCCUCCGAUUGAUUCGUUCUAUGCCGACGCAAGGUGAAGAUCUGAUCAUGGUUAUUGGCGUUCUUCUCCUCUUAAAGCCUACUCGCUCUCCUAUGCGAACACGAGCAGGUUCGUACAUGACUACACGUACAAGGCGGGAGAUCGAUCCAGUACUCCACUUCGGCAUCAUUCACUUCCGUGAUGCCGUCAUGGAUAGGUGUAGCAGUGACGGACUCCAACGCCAAUUCGCGCAGGAUUGUGUAUGUCUACAAGUACAUGGCGGGAGAUCGAUCCAGUACUCCAUGCUGGUGUCGUUGGCUGUCAUGGUGCCGUCAUGGACGGGAGCAGCAGCGAUGUACGCCAUCGUCAAUUCGCCAUACCCAUCCAAGGUGGCUUGGCAGAUGAUUCAAGUGCUCUAUGGUGAAAUCAUGAAUCAGAGACAACUCUAUAUGAUCUCAAGUGAGUACGCAGGAAAAGGUGCUGGCCGCCCAAGGUAUUGGAGCAUCAAUAAAGGUUAUCGGAGGUGUUUCACGACCAUCUAGCUAUUGUGCAUUAUGGCCUCGAAGUGCUGCAGGAAAAGACCAUGAAGAUGGACAAGUAGUUCCUUCCAACAUGCUAACAUUGAUCAAUUUUU